UAAGUAGUCCCGCUCAGGAUGCCCGCGGUAUACGUUUUUCCAGCUCACGAGGUCCUCAGUAGGAAGGAGUCGGACUCAGAGGUGCGUUGAGGUCCUGAGAGAAGGGCAAAGUGGCUCCGCUAACCCAUUUCCUUCAGAUUCCUCCGCCAGGACGUAUAGUCACAGCGCCUUCACUUCCGGGUCCGCCAUUUUAUUGCCUCCAUUUCUCCGUGAGGGGGGGUAAGGGCCCCCCCAAAUAUGCAUAUGUGAAAAGGCCGAAAAGUGAGGCCGCUGGCAAGGAGUCUUAACUAGAGAAAGAAACGGGACCAAACUGGCGGGCCCAGUGAGAGCGAAGCCGGCAGCGCUCCGGAAUAGAGUUGAAGGAGAGAACCAACUCCUGCGAGUUGUCCUGUGGCUUCCACAUGCUAUGUUUUGUUCUUGGCUGUACUGGGACUUGAACCUAGAGCCUUGCACAUAUAAAAAGUGUUCUACCACUGAGCUGUUUUUUCCCUACUCUUUAGCUUGAGCUACCUGGGAACUGCUGUUUCUAUGCAUUAAGAUGUCUCUGGUGGACUUGGGGAAGAGGCUGCUAGAAGCUGCAAGGAAAGGCCAAGACGAUGAAGUGAGGACACUGAUGGCAAAUGGGGCUCCAUUCACCACAGACUGGCUCGGAACAUCACCGCUUCACCUUGCAGCCCAGUAUGGUCAUUAUUCCACAGCAGAAGUGCUCCUUCGAGCUGGCGUUAGCAGGGAUGCCCGGACCAAAGUGGACAGGACCCCUUUGCAUAUGGCUGCAGCUGAUGGACAUGUUCACAUCGUGGAACUGCUUGUUAGGAGUGGUGCAGAUGUGAACGCAAAGGACAUGCUGCAGAUGACAGCUCUGCACUGGGCCACAGAGCACCAUCACCGGGAUGUCGUCGAGUUACUUAUCAAAUAUGGAGCUGAUGUCUACGCUUUUAGCAAAUUUGAUAAGUCUGCCUUUGACAUAGCAAUGGAGAAAAACAAUACUGAGAUUUUGGUCAUGCUUCAGGAAGCAAUGCAGAAUCAGGUGAACACUAACCACGAGAGAGCCAACCCAGUGGCUAACCCUGUGACUGUGACUGCUCCGUUCAUCUUCACCUCUGGAGAGGUCAUUAACCUCGCUAGCUUUGUCUCUUCAGCCAACACCAAAGCAACCUCAGCUCAUUUAGAAGAAAUGGAAGAAGGAAAUUCUCUUGACUCCUCGACCCAGCAAGUGGUGGGGAGUGGAGGCCAGAGGGUCAUCACCAUCGUGACUGAUGGAGUCCCUCUGGGUAACAUCCAAACAUCACUCCCUGCUGGAGGCAUUGGCCAGCCAUUUAUUGUAACUAUGCAAGAUGGACAGCAAGUUCUAACUGUGCCUGCUGGUCAGGUUGCAGAGGAGACAAUAAUUGAAGAUGAAGAAGAGGAAGAAGAGAAAUUGCCAUUGGUGAAGAGACCAAGGAUGGCAGAGAUGACAAACAGGGUUGAGGAAAUGAAGGAAGGCAGUGAAAGAGAGCUACUGCAGCAACAGCUCCAGGAGGCCAACCGAAGAGCCCAGGAGUACAGACACCAGCUCCUCAAGAAAGAGCAGGAGGCCGAGCAGUAUCGGCUCAGGCUGGAGGCUAUGGCUCAGCAGCAGACCAACGGAGUUGAAGUUGAUGUCACCGUAGUUGAGGAAGUAGCUGAAGUGGAUGCUGUAGUGGUGACAGAAGGGGACGAGGUAGAAAGAGCAACACAAGUCAUGAAGUCAGGAAGGACCACGGAGCCUCACACUAACGUUUCCAUAGAAACUAUUUCAUCCUAACACCAACGGCUACAACUUGUGCUCACUCAUCAUAUUCUUUGUAAGAAGAAAGUAUAGACUGCAGGUACUGCAUACAAAUUAGAAUGUCCUUAAGAGGGUAACAAUAGCCGGGCUCAAGGCCUGAGCCUAGGAAGGCUGUGUGUGCAGCUGGAAAACUCAGAGCCACUUUAGGGGCAUCUGAGGGACCAAAGGACCAGGACCAAAUCUCUCAGCUCAUAUCGUUGCUUUAAACAGAGUACUGGGCAUUGUAGGUUGAAUUUCUUUUUUAAUAGUUAGCUUUAUAUCGAAAGAUUUUAAGAUAGUACUUGUAAUACAUAUACACCAAGAGCCUUUAAUAGUUACACCUGAAAUUUUUCAAGUGGCCUGAAAAUAUGCCUUAGAUUUAUGAGAUUGAUGCAGUUGUAGGAAGCCUCCUCUUGAGGAAAAGUAAAGGAUAGCAUACAGUUGUAAAGAGCAGGCACACAAGUUCUCCCUAGUUAACCUACUGAAAAGAAGUCCCUAAGCCAGGCGUGGUAGUACACACCUGUGAUGUCAGCACUCAGGAAGCUGCAACAGGAAGUUAUUUGAGGUCAGCCUGAGCUAAAGAGAGUCCUUCAAUAAAAGAGGGCCAGAUGUGGUGACACAUGCCUUGAGUUCCAGCACUCGGGAAGUAGACACAGGCAGAUCUCUGUUGAGUUCAAGGCCAUGUGGUCUACGUACCAAGUUCCAGGCCAGGCAAGGCUACACAGUGGGACCCUGUCUUCACAUAUAGCAGAGCACAGCUGGGGUGGAGAAGUGGUGCUUGCUCUUCCAGAGAACCUGGGUUCCAUUCCUAGCACCCGAGUCAAGCUGCUCACAAUUACAUGUCCAUCCAGCUCCCAGGGAUCAUGCCCUUUUCUGGCAUGUGUGUAUAUCCACACACAUACAUUUAUAUAUACAUAUCAAUGAAAGAGUUUUAAAUUAAUAACAAAAAAAUUAAACUAGUUGAAUGCAGUGGUUCACACUUUGGGAACCUGAAACAGAAAGAUUACGAGUUUAAAGCCAGCUUGAACUCCAUUGUGAGUUACAGGUCAGCCUAGGCUACAGUGUGGGAUCUUAGUGCAAGAGAAAAAUCAAGUGUCAUGGUGUGCACCUCUAAUUGUAGCACUCAGGAGGUAGAGGCAGGAGGAUCUCUAAGUUUGAGGCCAGCCUAGUCUACAAAGAGUUCUGGUAUAGCCAGGGCUAUACAGAGACACUGCCUCAAAAAUAGAGAAAAAUUAGCAAAGAAGGGCUGACUUAGGAAUACCUGAUAAAUUGUGUCCAUUGCUUAGAUACAGUAUAAAAAAAAAAAUAGGCAUAGUGGCACAGCCUAUAAUCCCAGCACUUGGGAGGUGAGACGGAAGACCACUGUAAGUUAAAGAUCAGCUUUGGCUUCAGUGAGAUCUUUCUCAAAAUAACAGCAAAAACCCGGAAAUGACCAGAUGGAGCAGUGACGGGCUCUCAUCCCUGCACUUGGGGAGCAGAGGCAAGCAGGUCCUUGGGAUUCUAACUAGCCUGGCCCACAGGGUCAGUUCCAGCCUAGCAGGAUUACUCAGACCCUAACAAGGACUCCCUGAGGACAUAGUUCAGUGGUAGAACGUGGUGCUUAGCUUGCAAGGAAGCCCUGGGUUCGUCCUUUGACACUGUAUGUACACAGCGAGAGGAGGGCAGAAGUGCAGGGAAGAAAACCGUUGACAGCAGACUUAAACUCAGGAGAGAAGCUGUGCUGCUGAUGGGUAGAAGCUAUGUGCAGAGCAGCACCCUCCAGGCUGUGCUUCCAGAGAGAGGCUUCUGGGCUCUGAGUCUCUGGUCUUGAGAUGGAAACUAUAUAUUGGCUGGACUUUAUAAACCUGCAAGCAGGAGGAUCACUUUCAAAAGUUUUUAAAUUAAUUUUUAUUUGUCAUUGUAACAACAUCUUUCAUCCAAACAUCUAUUUAUAUAAAGUCAAGCCUAAAACUCUUUAAAUUAUAUAAAAUUUGGCCAAAUUUUCUGUGUCAUGUGGGACACUGGUGCUUUCUGUAGCACUGAGCACUCUGUCAAACACAAAGCAGUGUGGCAGACUGACCAGGCUGGGGAGGUUUGCCCCUGUUGAUUUAGUGUGAGUGCAUUGCUGCUUCUGUUAGUGUGGCCAUGGAGUCUGUGCCCUGUAGUGCUCAGGUGACAAAGGGAGCAGGUAUCACUGCCACAGCAAGGAGCCACCCCAGGCCCAUUGCUGACCUCCCCUCUCCCUUACUCCACAUUCCCCUUGCUCAGACACUUGAAACAUUUUCAGUGCUAGGCUUUUGAGGAAGGGUUGGGGCAGGUCUCUCUAGCAUGAAGUGUGUGUUUGUGUUUGUAUAGCUGGGCACGGUACUCAUGCCUGUUAGCAGUCAAGAGCUAUAGGAGGAGGGUUGACAUGAGUGCAAGGCCAGCCUGAACUACAUUGUGUGAACCUGUCUCAAAAACCACAAAAAUUAGACACCUGAGCAUUGUGCCUCGUGCCUGUAAUCCCCACUCAGAGGAUCACUGGGGGUCUCAGAUGAGACUUCUAGGCAAUACAGUGAGAUGUACUCUAGGGCAACAUGGACCACAGAGACUAUAUAGUCCAGGAUGUCUUGUACUGUAGUCCCUUGUAUGUCUUUUUAUGAGGUCCUGGGUUCAAUCCCCAGGACUGCAAAAAACAAUAUUUAAACGUCUUAUAGACAGGAUGUGAUAGUACAUGUCUACAGUCCCAGAACUGGGCGAGGGAGGCAAGAGGUCAGACGGCGAGAGUCAUCCUUGGCAAUUUCUCAAGUUUGAGGCCUGCUUACACCAAAGUGGGAGAGGAAUAAGCACUCAGAGAGGGAUUGGGGUAGGUGAUGGGUAACGUAGAAUUGCUUGCCUUAUUGUACAGGUGCCAAGUACACUUUUGAAUAACUGUUGAGAAUAGGUUUCCUGAUUAGUGAUCAUGAAGAAAACAUGCAUUUUUAACCUGGAAAGAGCUUGGCAGUUAACAUGGUUCUGGUUACCUUGAUUAGUGGGAUAAUUUGUUGCAGUGUUUCAGAGGUAUAGAAUCAUUUUUGGCUCAAAAUAGACUGAAAACAUAAUUCUCCAAAUCACAUUUAACAAAAUUGAAUAUUAGAGGUUUAUAGGCAAAAAUAACCAUUUUGAAGUUAACCUUGACUGCUAGCACUGUCUGCUCCAGGGAUCUGAGCAUCAGGGAUGAUCUAGUGUGUAGAGAGUGUUGUGGGAGCACAGGGAGGAGGCGUGUGAGGUUGAGGAUCCGUCUGCUGUGGAUUCUUCUGUUUGCAGCGCUCUUCUGAGACACCCAGGAAAUGGGGUGCUAGCAGUAAGCUAUUGUGAGUGGCAUUUCAGAGCCUUGGUAACUAGAGGGAGCAGGUUUCUUUGUAGGUGGCUUUUGUUUACAUCCUUAGAGCACAUGUUGAGUUUAAUUUCCUUCCUUCUUUUAAAGGAAUAGAUGCUAACUGCAGAGGAUAACUGUACCUAACCACCUCGUUAUCUCAAGUAGUAUCUGUGGGGAUGGGAUCUGUCCAUCUAGUCCUCCCUUCUGAGCAGGGCUUCUUUCCACCUUUAAGGAGGACCAAGUUUCAUUGUUCCAAGUCACUUUUGAGCAUGAGGUCUCUGAGUUAGAAAAGGAGAGACAGACAGUGUCUGACAGGAAAGAGGUUCUCUUUUAUUUACUUUAAUAGAUGCCUAUCAUCUCAAAAAGGAAGUAGGCUUUCCUUUCGAUUAGACUGCAGUGAGUGGGAGAGGGUGAUUUCAGUUAGUUAGAGAUUAUUAUUGAAUAGUCAAGCACAGGGCAACGUGAGAAAUCCCAGCACUUGGGAUUCAGAGUUAGAGGCCAUCCCGGGCUACACGAAGGCAGUAUCUUAGAAACAAAAGAUGCGGCUGGAGAAAUGGCUCAAUGGAUAGGCAAAAAGAGGGUCCAGUGACCCUCCAAGUGGGGAUUACAGCAUGAGGCACAAUGAUCAGCUGUCUUGUUGCUAUAUACAAAUUUGAAGGUCCAAAUUCAGAUCUUAGCACCCACUCUAACAAACCAUGCAUGGUCUCAGGUGCACCUGUAUCCCUAGUCCUCUAGAAGGAUGAGGCAGGAGGAUCACUGGGGCUUGCUGGCUGCCAGCCUUGCCACAAAGGUGAAUUUCAGGUUCAGGGAGAGACGCUGUCUCAAGUGAACAGGCAGAAAGUAAUGGAGGACCCGAUGUUCUCUUCUACCCUGAACCUAGACACACAUGCAUGUACACCACACUCACAUAUAGACAGCACACACAAACGCCCAAAUAAGUAGAAAUUAAAUAUUGAAUACAUUAAUAUCAUUUUAUGACUUCACAUAACCUUCCAAGUCAGCUUUUUUUGUUUGUAGCUCUUCUAAAAACUGGGCUCUACUCUGUAGCUCAGACUUGCCUCAGACUCAGGGCAAUCUUUCUGCCUUGGCCUCUUGAGUGCUAGGACUGUAGGAGUGAACCGCCUCAUCUGGCUUGGGUUGGUGGAGAAGAUGACUCUUAGAUCUUCUGAGUUAAGACAUGUUAGCGGAUUAGUGGAGCUGGGUUAGUGGGAAUCACGUAGCAGAGGAAGUGUUCAGAGCUGGGCCUCCAGCAGGGAGAAGGCCAGGCUUAGGCCUCUACAGUAAAGCUGCUUUCAGGAAUACAGUGUUAAGUCAGGGCUGUAGAUUAAUACAGGGAAUUAUAGACCCUACAUUUGCAUUUUGGUUAUAAGAGAAAGAACUGUAGCUGGGCAGUGUUAGCGCACGCCUUUAAUCCCAGCACUUGGGAGGCAGAGGCAGGCAGAUUUCUGAGUUCGAGGCCAGCCUGGUCUACAGAGUGAGUUCCAGGACAGCCAAGGCUACACAGAGAAACCCUGUCUCAAAAAAAAAAAAGAGAGAGAGAGAGAGAUGUGUUACAAUAUCUGUUCUUCCUGGCUUUGGGAAAUUGUGCCUUCCCUCCAUGUUCCUGCCUCUGGGGGGGUCUCAUUAUUGCAAGGUCAGAGCAGAGACCACAUGGCUGACAUAGGAGAAAGCAGCUUUAUGGGGUUUUGCUCUGAACUCUGUGCCUUAAAAGACACCUUUCUGUCAGAUGUAUAUUUACUUUUCUGUUUUGUUUCCAAACAGUCUUACUAUGUAGCUCUGGCUGCCUGGAACUUGCUGUGUAGACCAGGCUGGCUCAAAUGUUUAGAGACCCCCCUGCUUCUGCCUCCACCUCCCAAGUGCUGGAAUUAAAGGCACCUGGCAACAGACAGUUUUUAUAUCCCUUUGCUGCGUGCACAUUAGUGUAUUUGUAUGUAAAUAAAUACAUAAUGGAUCUUCCUCCGUUUUCUCUUUAAGAUUCAGCUCUAAAUUAUCUGGGAUAACCUGGAAGCUUUAUUAAGUUACAUAGGGUUUCUUUGAAUUCCCUUAAUCCAAGUGUGGGGGGCGGGGUAUACAUGCGUUGCUGUGGGUGGGGGAAGGCUGUAGAGGGAGCAUUAAGGAAGUUGAGGCCCGAGGAGAUGGUCCAUGUUCGUGGGGAAGCAAGAAAAUAAAUGCAAAGGCUCCUUGUCAGUGCACAGUGAUAGGGACCAAAGUGAGCCACCAUCAUGGCUGGCUGCCUUUAUACCUGUUGAAGAAAACCCCUCAGAGCCAGGCGUGGGGCACACACCUUUAAUAUUGCACUCAGGAGGCAGAGACAGGUGGAUCUCUGAGUUCCAGGCAGCCUAGGGCUGUACAGUGAGACCCUGGCUGGGUAGGAAAUGAAAAACCCUUUAGCUUCCAGACAGGAAAGCCCAGAUGAGGGGCUGUGGAUGGACAGAUGGCCUAGGCUCUGCAUUCCCAGCUCAGAAUCUCAUGUUGAGAGAGAACUCAUUCUAAGAAUGCCAAGGUGGACAUCCCCUAACAUCAGCCACUUCCAAUGCUGUAAGAACUGAGGCACGUGGUGAACUCUGGUCACUUUCUGUCCUGAUGUUUCAGAGAGUAGCUUGCAGUUCUCUACUUGAGCAGAUGAAUUUACACCAAGGCUGCCAGCAUGCACUUUAAGCUCUUACCUCUAUUUUGUUUUUUGUUUUUCUUUGAAUUGGGGUCUCACUCUAGCCCCGACUAGCCCAGGACUCACAGCAAUCCUUAUGCCUUCAUCUCCCAUGUACUAAGAUUACAGACUGAGCCACCAUGCCAGAUCGGCUCUAGCUCCAUUUACCGAAGUGCCUCUACCCUUUUUGGAGUUUGUGCUCCAUUUCUUGUGACUAUCCUUACCAGGAGACCAAAAGCAAGAAGGAUGUGAAUUAGAAUUAAAUAGCUUUGAGCCUCUGGUGCUGCCCUUUCAAAGGUUUUAACCUCUCUAGGGUUAGGGGAAGGAAGAUAAUUCCUAAACUCUACACAAGUAAUUAGGCUUGUUAAUAGCAGGAAAUUGUGAUCCUCUCUGUCUUCCCUGUUUCCAAUCCCCUACUGUUUCUGCCAUCCCAUGGCUCUUGUCUUUGGAAGGCUUUGCCAGGCACUGGAACAUAAUUAGUUGGUCAUCUCUAGUCUGUGGGACUCACCUUUCCUUUCUCUCUUUUCUCCUUCCCAACCACAUAUUUUGUUCUGAUGUGAUUUGUUUCUGAGAAUUAAGUAGGUUAUACUCUAUAUUUCCACUUAGUUUCUGACAUCUUGCUAUGUCAACUGUUACAGUAGCAACUCUGCUCCCUGGCCUUGCUCAAUGUGUCCUUCUGCCAAGGCCAUGUAGGGGUGGGUAGCCCAGGAUUCUUUUCACAGUGUCCUCUUGUUUUUCAAGUUGUCUGGCAGCUUUAUGUACAAUAAACGUUCAGGAAAACAAAAGUUUCUUUUUUAGGAUAAAAUAGUUCAAUUCUGAUGAGCAAGCUUAUAUGUACAUGUGUGUGGAUAUGCAUUUGUGUAUAUAUACCUAUACAGAUCUAUAUUAUAUAUACAAUUUUGUACUAUCAUUUAAAAUAAAGACAUUUCUUAAUAAAA